AUGGAAAGCCAGUCACGAAUUUUUCACUCGCUAAACUGUUCCCUGUGCAAGAAACCAUUUUCAAACUCUGUCUCCGACCCGAAAAGUCCUCGUCAUUUGAGCUGCGGAGUGGCCGUUUGUAAGCUGUGCUGGGAUAUCGAGAAACCGAUUGAAAAGGCAAAUCGAACACAUAAAUGUUCCUAUCAAUGGGAGUGCUUUAAUUUCGAUGUGCCCGUCUAUUAUUUAUUGGAGAUUCUCGAUCAUCCAUCGAUUGCUGCAGCACAAAAUGAAGCUGGUUAUUUACUUUCAAAGGUCAUGAAAACUCCCGAAUGCCCAGUGUGCCGAGAAGAGUAUGUAAUUGAUUUGGAGCAACGAAAACCGUAUGAUUUGUGCUGUCGACACGCUGUUUGCAAUCGUUGUUUCCUGGAGUUGAGCACCUCAUCGAAUGACCCGGAAUUCCCAUGGCAUGUAGUGUGUCCAAUUUGUAAGGAUAAUCGGCGACAUGCGAUGAAAUCGAGGAAAAAUCAACUACAGGAUUUUCUCCGGGAGUUGCCUGAGAUGCUCAAGGAGUUGAAAUUGAACGCAACAAAGAAGUGCUAUAAAUGCCAGACAGAGAAGCUGAUCAAUGAACUGUUCUACUGCAAAGACUGCCAGAAAAAGAUUUGCGAGUCUUGCAACUGCAGUCAGCACCAAAACUGCGAAACAGUCUCAUACUCGAUACGACGGAUUGAAAAGAUUCGCAAUGAUCUCCAAAAGAAUUCGUUUCCCCAAAUCGAUGAUCAUGAGAGGGUUUUCCGAGAGAAAUAUGAAAAACUUUUGAGGGAUAUUGAAGAUUUUAAAGAGAAAAUGUCACUAAAUUUGGAUCAUUUUGAAAACUCAGAGCUCUCUGAAGCCUUGGAUCGACAAGAGAAACUUAAAAAAAAUCUUCAAAAACUUGAGCACAUUGCUGAGAAAUUUCUUUCACAUUUUCGAAUUUUCGACACAGAGAUGCAAGAUCUCUUGAAGACGAUCGAUAAGGAAAUUCAAGUCCCGGAUCCUGCUCAU